ACCUCUUUGUGUUGUCUCUUUCAGUCUCACUAUCAAGGAGGGACACGAAACAUGUCUGAUGUUUUAUAUGGCACGAUCCAGUCCUUAAUGAUGCCUAGAUUUCAGCCUCUUUGUUGCCACCUCUACAAAAUGCUAAAGUUUUUCAUCAUAAUCCUUAACAUUUCAAAGUGCAGCUCAGAACAUGCAGGCGUUGUGGCUCAGAAUCAUCAGACAAUUGUUCAACCUGGAGACAGUGUUAACUUUUCCUGUAUUUUUCCAAAUGCGGCAAGAGCCAGUGCUGUUUGGGUCAAACAAAGAGUUGGACAGAUGCCCCUUUCAGUUGCUUCAACAUAUCAAGGUCUACCAGGCAAAUUUGAAAAUGACUUUGACCAACACGGACGCUUUUAUAUUUUACAAGAUGGUAGCAGUUUUAAUUUGAGCAUCACAAACACUGAAGAAUCGGACACCGCGACAUACUAUUGCGUUAAACAUUUUUUUGAAUUUACAUAUGGAGACGGAACCGAUCUAAUUGUGAAAGAUGCACAACUAAACAUGUCUGAGCAUGAGAGAGCUGUGACAGAUCCAGAUCAUCCAGAAGACUCAGUGUCGCCAGACAAAUGCUUCCAGACGCACUGGACUACAGCCGCAUUCAUUAUAGGAACUUUAUCUGUGAUUGUGAUUAUCAUUAUGGGUGUACAGUUGUAUAAGUACCAGCAAAAAGAUGAAAUGCAUAACAAUCAGCAGGGUCAGUUCAUGGCUGAAGAAACGGAUGCUUUGAAUUAUGCAGCUUUGAGCCUUCCACAAAAGCCAUCGACCUCUAGAAGACCCAGAGAAAGAAAAUUACAAGACAAUCCAGUAUAUGCAGCAGUGAGUUAUCAAUAAAUGCACUUGCAAUUAAAAAAUAGCCCUACAAUGUUGUCAGAAUCAAUGAUGACCAGCUUAAACAAGCUGUGAGCUAUUUCGUGUGUAAAUACUCAAUUAAAUUCAUCAUUAUUAUUUAUUAAUUAAUAAAUCCAUAAACUUGUAUGCAAUACUGUAUUUAAUUAAAAUAUGUUGAUGUUCAUUUGUUUUAUGUAUCUGCAUAUAUUUAUGUAUGUAUGCAUAAUAUAUACUUCAAGCCGACAAUUGUGUGCUUUUCCUUUUUGUACCACUCCUAGGUAAAUUGUGUUACCUGUGUUAAGUUUCACCUGUGUUAAGUUUCAUAAACCCAUGCAUUCAGGGUAUUGUACCAGUGUAUGUUUUUAUUGCAUGUUUAACCAUUAUCUGAAUUUCUGUAUAUGAACUGUGUACAUAAAUAUACACACUCGUGUGCCAUAUAUUGGCAUAUACAUUUUUAUGUAAUAGUAGUCAAAAUUUAGAAGCUAUUGUGUAAACGACAUUAAACCACGUUAACAAGA